AGAAAAGCUGAUUAAUGGAGAAUCUAAUCUAUCUAGUCCAGAAAAAGGGUUGGAUAGUGAAAAGAAACAAUGUGCGAUUCAAAAGGUGAAUGCAGACCUUUGGGUUUUCUAAUAGGUCUUCCUUUUGCGUUUCUCUCUCUCCUCCUCUCAAUCGUUGGUGCAUUCUUCUGGAUUAUCGGAUUAUUGCUUUCAUGCAUAUGCCCCUGUUGCUUGUGUUUCACGAUAAUUGUUGAACUUGCUAUUGAAUUAAUCAAAGCUCCAUUGCAUGUCAUGACGUGGUUCACCUCUAUGAUCCCAUGCUGAUCCCUCUUUUCUUUGCUUUUUGACAAUUUUUGUUAUUCUUUUGUUUAAGAGUGAAUUAGGUUUUUAGGUUAUCACAGUCUGAAAAUAGGCGUUACUGACACUUAUAAUUAAGUUUAAUUUUGACACUUAUAAUUAAGUUUAAUUUUGUUAUAGAGUAAGUGUUGAUGUCGUAUUUCCGGUGUCAGUGCUUCGUUAUUAGUGCAUUGAUGAAUUCUAGUUGUAUAGAAUGAAAACAGAUUCAUGAUCCCUCUUAUUUUGCUUUUA